AUGGCCCGUAACUCAGCAAGUCCCGAUCACGCCAGCGACAACAAUGCCACCAACUCCGGCUCGGGCAUCGAUAACCCUAACAUUACUGCUUCAAUUUCCAAUAAAGACAAUACUAGGAUGAUUGUGUCCUCAGAUCGGAAAUUGAGAACUAACCGACUUCAUCACCACCACGAUCCAUCAUGGUCUCAAAAAUUUCUUGAAAGUAAAAGAUCACCGGAAUUUGUCGUUGGCCACCUCAGCUUGAGCGUGGCAUGCAAACAAAAUAUCGACCUUCUUUACCUCACCAGAGACCUUCUAGUCGAGAUCUUCAUUCGACUGCCGCAGAAGGAAGUUUUCAGGUCGAAGUGUGUGUCAAGCACUUGGAACCAUAUAAUUUCAGAUUCUAGUUUCCGUCGUAGUUAUGUGUCUCGAAACAACAAUUCUUCACUGCCGCUGGUAGGAUUCUUCCAUGGUCCUGUCUGCUUAAGACGUGACAUCCUUGAAGAUUUACCGGUUUCGCCACCCAGGCUCGCAUUCCUUUCCACUUGUGAUCAACAAGGAAGAGCAAUACAGUGCUACACUUUCAUCCAAAAGGUCUCAUCCUUUGUGGCCGUCACAAUAAGGCUUAUCUCGUCUGCAAUCCCAUUAAGAACCAGUGGUUAUCACUACCUAAACCGAGCUUGCGAUGUAAAAGCUCUGGCAGUUGGCUUUUCGUGUUCAGAGGAUGACAUGAUGAGUUUUAAAGUCAUUCGGGCUUCUAUUAGACUCCCACAAAUUGAAGAUAACAAGCUGCAGAUUGAAACCUUCUCUUCUCAAACUGGCAAGUGGAAAACAUCUCAGCUUUCUUUUCCAUCCAAGUUUUCUUUGAUUCCAUACGAGAAGUGCGACGUGAUGGGAGGGAUUUUUUACUGGCGAGCCAAGGGAGAUGCUGUGGCGGCUUACGAUCCUGGAAUGGGAAAAAAUCAUGUAUGGUUGAUGAGAUUUCCGACUACUGGUUUGAAUGGGAUGUGUGCACUCUCAGAUCCUGAUGGAAUAGAGGUCUGGGUUUUGAAGAAGAAGACAUCGCAGUAUAGUCUUUCCAGCAUUAUACCUCGCACCGAAUGGGUCUUAACAUAUGCUUUGAACCCUGAAGACUUCUUUGUUGCCGGUUUCAGACACCAAAAGCGUCAAACUGGGGGAGUUUUUCUGUCAGCAACCUCCUCCUCCUGGUUUUCCACAACGUCCUUUUAUGUCAGGUUUCCAUCCUCAAGAUUCACGGAUUGUCUAUCUUCGACUGGAUAUUGUGAUCUUCAGCUACAAUUUAGAGACUAA